AUAAUAAAAAUAUUACAUAUAACUAUUUUUUUAUUAUCUGGUAUAUUUCUUGAUAAAAAGGUAUUCUAUUCAUAGAUAGAAAAAUUAGUGGUAUUAUUGUUCGAACAUUUUAUGUACGAAUGUCAACACAUAAUUCCACGCUAGUAUUCGACGGAUAAAAGUGAAUUUGAUACUGUAGACAAAAAUGAAGAAAGUCUCAGCCUUUUCAAUUUUGAAAGGAAAGAAGAGUAAAGUGGACACAUCAGGGCUGGAGAGGGGUGGGACAACACGGGGCUCACUGAAGAAGGCCUCCAGCACACCCGUUAUCAGUGAAGAACAUGAGUCUGGACCUAAGAAACUCCUGAAGCUGGCUACAUCUACAUUACAGCGUGCAAUAAAGGGGGGCAGUUUCCGGAAUACAGUCCGUGGUAACAAACAUCGCCCCACAAUCCUGGCAGAUGGAUCGGGAAACAGCCCCUUUGUGGCUGGAAAUGAAGAGGGCGUUAAACUUACCAGUAUGAAGGAAAAGGAUAAGUCUGGUAUGGAAGCUGCCAACACUUCCGGAGUUACCACACCUGCCUUGACCAAAAAGACCAAGUCAAGCACAUCAGUGAACAGAGAGAACCUUCCCCCUAAGGCCUCCCAGUCCAGUGACACACCAAGACUGCCCCAUCCUCCUGCCAGAAAUACACAGGGUUCUCCAAUGUCCACUUCCACCAAGGCAGCUGCAAAGCAGAAGAAGCCAGUACCUCCAAUCCCCCUGGCUGAUUUCACAGCCCCGACCCCACCAGCACGACCUGACCGGGCCAAGUCAGAGUCCAUGCCUGUCCUGAAUGGCACGCCAGUUUCCGGGCACACACCUGGGGAGGGAGGAUCGAAAAAGAAGAAAGGCAAGCGCGCACUGGACCAGGAUUCUCCCGAUAAGUCAAGCAGCAAAAAGAAACGGGUGUCCUCUCCCCAGAAGCCAAAAGUUCAGCCUGUCAGUCCACAAGUCAAGGUUCGUCCGGAGAAGCCAGUGCGGGGUCGUCGUGUUUGGCCGACGGCAGUGUUUGAUGGUGUCUAUGACUCAGUGGAGGAGGGAAGGAAGCUGUUUGAGUGCAUGAUCCACCCGGUGCAGACAGACAAGUUCUUCAGUCAGCUUUGGCAGAAGAAGCCCCUUCUGGUUCGUAGACGUAUCCAUGACUACAAUGAUGGCUGGUUCAGCACACAGGAGCUGGACAGAAUCUUAAAAGAGGAGCACAUAGAGUUUGGUACAAACCUGGAUGUGACGUCAUAUACAGACGGGAAGAGGGAGACUCUCAAUCCACCAGGGCGGGCAUACAGGGCUGUUGUCUGGGAUUACUACCAGAAUGGAUGUUCAGUUCGGAUGCUGAACCCACAGACAUACUCAGAGAAUGUCUGGAAAAUGCUCUCUACCCUGCAAGAAUACUUUGGCUGUUGUGUUGGAGCUAAUGUGUACCUGACCCCACCCGGCACACAGGGAUUUGCACCCCACUAUGACGACAUUGAAGCUUUUAUCCUACAGCUGGAAGGGAAAAAACAUUGGAGGCUCUACAACCCCAGAUCUGAUGAGGAAACCUUACCAAGCACAUCCAGCGGUAACUUCAUGGACACCGAUAUUGGAGAACCAAUCCUGGAUGUUACCUUGGAGCCAGGGGACCUUCUGUACUUUCCACGAGGAACCAUUCACCAAGGAAAUGCGUUAGAAGAUGCCCAUUCUUUACACAUCACAGUUUCAUGCUUCCAAAAGAACACAUGGGGUGACUUAUUAAAAAAGUUGGUGCCGAGGGCCCUGGACAUCGCUAUUGAGGAGGACCUGGAGUUUCGACAAGGGCUGCCCAUAGAUUACCUCAACUAUAUGGGGCUUGUCAACUCUGAUCUGGAAAACAAUAGUCGUGAAGAAUUCCUGAAGAAAGUCACAGGCUUAAUGAAAAUGAUGGUAGAGCGCUACCUGCCGACAGACGCAGCAUGUGACCAGCUCGGCAAACAGUUCAUACAUGAUAGUCUUCCUCCAUUCCUUUCUCAAGGUGAGAAGCAGUGCAGUAUCCAUGGUCACGGGGAGCAGUGGGACGCUGCCACAAACUCAGUGAAAGGAAACAUGGAGAUGGAGCCAGACUCAAUGGUCAAACUGGUCAGGAAGGGAUGCCUCAGAUUGAUCACAGAAGAUGACACAGUGAGAAUAUACCACAGCAUGGAGAAUGCAAGAUUGUAUCAUGCCCGGGAGCCUCAGUAUAUUGAGGUCUCUCCAGAGCUUGCCCCGGCUGUUGAGAUGCUGAUCCAGAGUUACCCAGAGUAUGUUACCGUGGAGAGCCUUCCGUCCGGCACAUUGGAAGAGAAGGUGGAUAUAGCCAACGUGCUGUACGACAAGGGUCUCCUCACCACCGGGGAACCGCUCGAGUCCGUGCAUUACGAGGAGGAUAGUGAGGACGAAAAUAGUUGAUGGAAGUUUGAAUUGCUUGAAAGACUUGAACUCAUAGUAGAGUGUUGAGAAGCUUUUGCUUACUAUAAGACGGAUAUAGAGCAGCUUGAGACUGAUGGUGUGAUUGCAGCUUGCUCUCGAGUGCUAUGAGAAAAUUGUCAGAAAAUCACAGUGAAACAAUUGUUGAUGCUUUAUAGUGCUUGGGUGCUUCCUAUCACAAAAUGAUGAACAUAUUACAGAUAUUACAUAUUGUUGACAACUGAGUUGACGCCAAACCACCCUGACAUUAAUAUGAAUGACUGUUUAACCAAUGGAGAUACCUUCUCAUCACAUGAGAACCCAUGACAAACAAAUACAUGUGGAUGUGGAUUUAAUAUAUUCUUUCGUUACAUAAAGUAGAUUAUUAUCAAGGGUGAUCAAAAUAAUAUGAUUAAGGUGUUAUACCAGUUAAGACUGUGUGAUGUGUAAUAUAGCAUGUAUGUUUGUAUUGACGCUUCAAACCUUGUAUAUACUUGACAAAGUCAUACGGUUUUUAAAGUUUUUUCAUGCCUUGCAUGUUUAGCCGUUCAUAUGAUUACAACAUAGCCAUACUGUUUAUAGAAGAUUUGUCAUUUGAACCUGUGAUUUUUACUGUGUAUAUAUUCAUUGUCAUGGACAUGUUUUAUGUUGCAAACUUUAACUUUAUUGUAUUCCUGUUAAAUAAAAUUACAAUUAAUUGGAAUAAAGAGAAUAAGAA